CACUAGAUCACUUAAUUUCGGGAAAUCAGCGAAGAAACUGUGACGAUAUUAAUAAGUUAGUGAUUGUGUAUCCCAUUAUGUGAUUUUGGGAAACUUAAUAUACACACUGUGAAAGAGAAAUUGAUUUUAUCAAAAUGAUCCGUUAUAUCUGUUUUAUUCUUCAUUUGGGAUGUUUAGUUUCUGUAGUUUUAUCCAUAAGUAUCGGAGUUGGUAAAAUUGUUCAACGAAAAGAAAAACCAGAUCGAGUGCGACGCUCACCCCAAGAUGGCGGCGAUUUACCACCUCUUCCAAUGACAAGUGGAUCAAAUCAAAGAGGAAGUUAUCAAUCUGGAACAGGAUACGGAAGUGACCCAGGGAUUCAAAUACCAAAUUUCGAACCCGAAUAUCGUUCAUAUGACGUUUCACAAGGACAAAGUAGUUCAGGCCAGACAGACUCUGGAAGUAGCAGCAGGACCUACAACAGUCGUCCAGACACCUCAAGACAAACAGUGUACACGUCCAGAGGAAGAACUACCUAUAAUAAUUAUAAUCCCGGUAACACGGGUGGCGGGACUACUACUAUUUAUAGGAACAGUGGCGGUAGUAAUUAUCCAUCUGGUAGCGGUUCUGUGGUUUAUCCUGUAAACAGAAGCAGGGGAACGUCACCAAUCACCGGCAGAAUUUCUAAUGACCCGAAUUGUCCGGCAGCUAGUGGGUAUGACGUUUACAUUAACGGGUUGAGGUGUAAUGAGGCUGUUCGAAGCUUAGGGAAGUUUAUUUGCUACACUUAUGAAAGAAGUUCCAAAGACUGCUGUGAAUCGUGUCUUGCUGUCAAACAAAGCUACAACAGAGGAUGUGAAUACGGAGACCGAAGUUACCAAUGUAGGAACAUAGAGCCGUUCGAUUGCUAUGUGGACAGAACACGAGAAAUCUGCUGUGAUCGGUGUGCUCAAUACUUACGUCAGCUUAAUACAGGGGUUUCAAACUGUGCUUAUGGUGACCUGACGCCACGCUGUACAGUAGUCAACCAGAAGCGCCAUCUAUGUUAUUUACCUGAGAAUCAGAGAUUGUGUUGUAUUACAUGUCCACGAGUGGCAACCGAUUCCACACCAGGAUGUCGAUGGGGUGAUCAGAACCCGGAGCUUUGUACACCGUAUACUCCUGACGGACAGAUGAGGAUCAACUGUUAUCAGAGCUCAGUCAGUCAAGUCUGCUGUAGAACGUGUGAACAUAUCAAAAACAGCGUCCGGAGCCCUGUAGCGGGUUGUGAGUACGGGGACAAGCCAGUAUCGAUAAACACGCCAAGAGGCACACUGAACUGCGCGGAUUACAUUCAUUACGCCGGAGAAACUGCAUGCAACGACAGCGAAAUCAGGAGUUACUGUUGCCAUACCUGUUACAGGUAUCAGCAAGCGAGGGCAGGGAGCGGUCAGUGACGUAACAGUGGCGUCAUAUUGGACGGAGUGCUGUCAGAUGAUGUUAAUGAAAUAUUUGAGCCACCAUGAACAUAAGAAACACAUAGUGACUAAUUCAUGUACAUAUUUGUAUUCUUUGUAGGGGAAAUAAUUUUGAUCAUUCAUAAUUUUAAUUCACUCUGUCUUUUAUUUCAAAUUAUUCAAAGCAAAAAGUGCUAAAGUCGCAAAAGAUUAUUCCAAUAUCAUUUUUAAGAAAAAAUAGUACUUCAUCGUUUCAUAGUAUUGUGUAGUUUUUAUGUCUCCAUCAUGACAAUUCCAGAUUUCAAAUUUGCAAGAUUGCGUUAUAAUUUGAGAAAAUGGCCAAUUAAAGAUUUUUUUUAUCCCAAAUAUUGAUUUUAUUGGGGACGGGGAUACAUGUACCUAAUUAGAAACUUGUUGUUGGAUGUCUAUUGAUUUGACAUUAAAGGCUUUGUGACAUACGAGAAUUAGAAUAAAAGUAAUUUUCUACGAUGAGCUACGUCCAUCUGAUAAAAUAUUUGAUUUGGGGGGGGGGGGGGGGGGGAGUAUAAUCAAUUUAUCUAAUUAUUUGUUAACUCAUAAAUUCAAUGAAUUUAAGAAUAAAUAUGUCACACAUGCAUUCA